CAAGCGCUUCAUGUCAACAUCAUUUCACCAGACGAAAUAAACUCAUGUGUUUACUGUUGCGUCAAUGCUGUCAUUCCUAAGGACUGCUUGUUUAAUAUAGACCAUAAUGGAGCUGGUAUGGGAGGACCUUCCAGUCCCUGAGGCUCCUUUCUUUACCAGAGAUGUCUAUGACAAAUAUUCCCUUGCACCUAAUAUCAGAGAACUAUGGACCUUUCUCCAAAGUCCUGUAGAGAACAAUGAACAGGGCGGUGGGACUGAAAACGCCUCCUGCCCUUCCUCCAGAAAAAAGGCGGCAGAGUUUAAUGACAACAGUUGCAUGAGAGAGGAUGAGUCCUGUUGGGACAGCUGUGAUAGUGAUUAUCCGCGUGCAGACAAUGCUGCUCGAGAUACAGAAGAAUGUAAGGAUACUGAAAAAUCGAAAGUAAAGCUCCAGCAGGUUAAGAACAAGGCGGCUGCUGCUUAUCCUAAACCCAGACUGCCCCACCCCUGUAUGUCCAGCCUGUCCAGCAAAGAACAGAAGACGUAUCUUGGCUUUUUGACGAGUAAGAAAAUAUGCGAUCCUCCACAGAACUUAAAGGAACGAGUUAACAAUGAAGUGAUGCAGUUCAUGAGGUACCUGCAAGAUGUGGCCAGAAGAUGUGCGGAAGACUACAACUUCAUAUCCCAGGGAGCUAUGCAAUAUACAGAGGAGUUCUUCCGGGCGUGUUCGGAGCACAUUAAGACAUUUCCUGAGCUCUAUCAGAUCUAUGAGAUGACUAGCUUGACAGGGGGAACAUUCAACCCAGGGCUGAAGCUGACCUUUGAGAAACAGCUGCUGAUCAUGGGCAAUGUGGAUAUUACACUCCAAAAGAUAGUGCCUACUGAUGCACAGCUUGCCUCGGAUUAUCAGAGUGUUUCAUCAGAGAAUCCUCCAGCUAAAAAAGCCAAGGACAUGCACGCUAAAAUCAGCACUGAUGAUAAUGCCAAUACACUGUCUGCCCGUUAUGAGCCUCACGUGUGUCUGACUCGAGAUGCCCUCGUCAGGCUGCUAGAUAACCAUGGUCCUGACUUCGGAGAGCAAUGGGAACUGCCAGUUUGCGUCAAAUUAAACCCAGAAAAAGGCGGCAGUCAGAAGAAGACUGUGUACAUAGACUCACCCCUUCUGCCCACUGAAAUGACAGUGAGAGAGCGGUCACAUGUCUACCAUGAGGAGAGUUUGAAGCUUUCCAUCAACAAGAAUGGAAGUAAAAAUGUGUUCCACUUAAUGUUCGAGCUUCCUGAGGAUGACCAUCAACACCCACCAGAGUGGUCACAAAGAAACGUAGUCUCUUCUGAAAACAAUGGUCUUGACUUUGAGGUGGAUCUCACUGACCUGGAAACAUUUGGAGAGGCGACCCCCAUUAAAAGCUCCAAGAGGCAGAAUGAGCAAAAUGCAAGUGUUAAAAGUGUCAAAAGUGUCAGAUCUCUGAAUUCCCCGCCUUUAGCUAAGACUAAAAAGUCCAGUGAGCAUCAUGUUAACACUAGCGGCAGUUCACAAGAAGAGAUGAACACCUCAUUGACAGAUGGGAGUGGUCCCGAGACAGAGGAGACAACUCGGCACGUUGCGAAUGAGGCCAUUGCCCCAAAAUCUGAACAAAUGAGGCUGGACUCUGCUCAACAAAGUGACGAAGACCUACCUUUUAUAGGAGAUUCAGAUGAGGAGAAGCUGGUCAUUGACGACCCUGUGUCUCCAGCUAAAACACGGAUCCCAUCACGCUCUGCAGACCCCUCCAUAAAAAACGUCUCUGAUUCUGAACCUGUAAUUCCAGAGUCAUCGUCCCCUCAAAAAGGUACAAAGCAGAGGCGACAAUCCAAAAGAGCAAAGGUAUCUGGCGACCAGCUGGGCGAGAUCCUGCGCAUGCAGACUGCCAUGUUCAACUCUCCAGACAAAAGCUCCAACAUAUCCCAGGAGACCAACUCACCCAGUCAAUGUAUGGCGCCCUCAGUCCACUCGCAUCCAACGUCUCUGGUGAAGCCCUGUGUGUCCUCAUAUUUGGAGAGAAACCAGAACCAGGAUGGAGAGACCUGCGCUGCUCCUCACGCAUCUGCACCAGCUGUCAACAUUACUACUACGGAGCACAAAAAAAUUCUGUCAGAAGACUUGCAGGCUGGUGCUGAAGAUGAACAGGAUUACCGGGCUCCAGAGGAAGGCAACCUGCUCUAUAAGCUCUACAGUCUGCAAGACCUGCUGCUCAUGGUGCGCAGCUCUGUGUCACUGACCCAUGCCAGAAGAGUAGGCCAAAACAACCAACAAGAGUUUGUGCCAGUGCAUGUCUUACCCAAGCUCGAGUACCAGUUGAGUUAUGGUGUUGAGUGUCUGAGCAGCAGUGAGGCUUGCCAGCUGUGGACUGAGGCAUUGCUCCACUCUAGCACUGUAUCCUACAUAGCUCACAUCAAUGCGCACACAUCAAAAGUAGCUCUGCUGAGAAAGCUGCGUGAAGACUGGAAACAGAACAUCUCCUGUGGCUUCAAGCCAUCGAAGUCCCUUAAUAUACUGCACCACCUACUGAAAAAGCUAAUUGGGUUAGAGGAAGGACAGUACCUGAUUGCACACAAGGCAGGGGAACCAUUCGUGACCUUAUUAAAAGCAGCUAAUGGGAAAGUGAGUCGGGGGGCAUACAACCUGCAGCAGCUCCACAGCUCAGUCCCACAGCCCCCAGCAUCCGGCCUCGUGCCCUGGAUGCCUGUUGAUCCAGCUGUGUACCUGCCCUUCCACCAGAAAGACGGCCGUGUCCCCUGCACCUUCCCACCAAAACCCUUCAUAAUGACAGCGAAAGAUGGGUCAUCGCAGUCCAACAGCCAUGGAGCCGGGCAGUCAAAUAAAAAAUCGAAUGCAGAAGUCAACAAGAAGAAAAAACAAAAGAAACGUGCAGCCAAGCGUAACAAGUAUAUUAAAAAGCUCAUUCAGAAUUCCAUUUAAGUCCUGUCAUUUCAUAUAAGGUGAGCCAGUGGAGGAGCUGGACCUGCACUUCUAAGAAAAGGAAACAAGACCACGUAUUAAACCUAUAAUUACAUACUGGAAAUACAUUAUGACAUUAAACAUAAAUGUGAAUGCUGAAGCACUUUGAGAGUAUAGAAAAUAUACCCUUUUUUAUAUUUCUCCAGAGACAUUUUUGUAUAUUUUGUGAAUUAUGUUUUG